AUGUCUGUUCAAAGGUCUGAAGAAGAAUGGAGAGCUAUUCUUUCGCCAGAACAAUUUAGAAUUAUCAGACAAAAAGGAACUGAGGCACCGAAUACUGGUGAAUAUAAUAAAGUUUUUGAGAAAGGCAUCUAUAAUUGUGCUGCCUGUGAUGCACCACUUUAUGUUUCAGACACUAAAUUCGAUUCUGGAUGUGGUUGGCCUGCUUUUUUUGAUUCUAUUCCAGGAGCAAUUAAUCGUAAUGAGGAUGAUUCUCAUGGUAUGAAAAGAGUAGAAAUUACAUGUGCUAAUUGUGGAGGUCACUUAGGUCAUGUGUUCAAGGGGGAAGGUUGGAAACAUACACCAGCAGAUGAAAGACAUUGUGUUAAUAGUGUUAGCAUGAAAUUUAAAGCAAAAGAACAACAAUAA